AUGUUGACAGUUAUAUGUUUUGAUGAAGAAAAUUGUGUGGAAGUUGUCCCAAGUUAUUGGUAUAAGAAUGGCUAUUGUGCGUGGCCAAAGAGAAGUAUAAGAAAUCCGAAAAAAUAUGUUGUCCAUCGUUCCGAACCAAAUGAAUUGGAAUUUUACUAUUUCAAGGCAAGGCCUAUAUCUAAAAAUGAUGCUAGCCUAGAAGAUGCACGUUCUAGACUAAUAAUAGCCCAAGAAACAUCAGAGUUGUCAACUUAUGAAGAAGAUAAGUCAACUCGUAAUCAACAACACUGUCGACCAACAAAUGAUAUCAUGGACUUAAAACAGCCGAUAAAACAAAACCACCAAAGAGACCAUCAUACAAUAGUAAAAAUUGCCUGGAAAUGCUAUUGA